UGUUACCCCUUAACUAUUCCAUAUGACAACUUUGACCAUUACUUCAGUUUUUAUAUGACAUACACUUUUAGUAAUGAGUGGAUCUUCAAGCGUUUAUAUAUAUUAAUUUUGGUCAGAUUAUGUGAACUGCAUAUAUUCUGAUCCUCACUUGGAGAAAAAAAAAAUCAGUGCGGAGCGCCAUUACAUUUUUAUUAGUACUGUUGCGUGCCAGUUUAUUUUAUUUUCUGUUAAUUUAUUUUUGAAGCAUUCGUAAUGUGAAAUUGGUGUUUGUGUACUAUCAAUUUGUGACUGUGUGCUUGAUGUUUUAAAAAACUAAACUAAAAUAUAUUAGUUAUAUAUAUAUUUUUCAUUUAGUCAUUGAUUAAUCAGGAGAUGCGCUUGUAAUAAUUAUUAUGAUGUGUAUUUGCCAACAAAUGAUAAAGUAAUCAAAGGUCUCUGGACUGAAGUCAACACAGGACAGUCGUCUUGCCUGGCAGAGACUGGUGGCUAAUCUGGUGGUGACUCCAGGAAAAGGGGAGUGCCCAGAGGGAAUUAAACUCUAAGAUAUUUAAUUGCCUCAGUCUGUGAUUUGGAUGACAGACAAGGACUUCUUUUAAGGAUCGGAGAGCCACAUCAGAAAGUGUUUUCAAGAGGAGGAGAAGUGAAUGGCCUGUUCCCUGUAGCCCGCACCAAACCUCGCCAUGUUCAGCAGGUUUAAAAAGUUACUCGGGGCUCCUGAGCCUCCGCCUGCCCCGGCUGCUACCCCGCCUCCCAGUGCAGCUCCACCAGCUAAGGAGGAAAAGCCCCCCGAAAAGAAGGAUGAAAAAGAGGAGCCAAAGAAAGAGGAGGAAAAGAAAGAAGAGGUAAAGAAAGAGGAAGAGAAAAAAGAAGAAGAGAAGAAAGAAGAAGAGCCCAAGAAGGAAGAGGCCAAACCAGAACCUGCCCCAGCUGCUCCUGCUCCUGCUGCUGCUCCUGCUCCUGCUGCUCCUGCUCCAGCUGCUGCUCCUGCUCCUGCUGCUCCUGCUCCGGCUGCUGGUCCUGCUCCUGCUGCUCCUGCCAAUCCAGAGGGGGCUGAAGGUGAAGAGGCCCGCCCUCCCACUCCACCUGUUGUCUACUUCCGUAACACAGAUGACACACUCAGAGCUGUGAUCAAGGACAUAAGAGAGCGGACAGAGAUUUUCAAAGGGAAAGCCAUAGACCCGUACGCCACCUCGCCAGAAAUCACCCCACCUGUCACACCUAUUCUGAGGAAGGACGACUACAUCAGACUGAAGGAGGAGGAGCGAAUAGCAAAAGAAGAAGCGGAAAAAAAGAAGGCGGAAGAGGCGGCCAAAAAGGCAGAGGAGAAGAAGAAAAAGGACGAAGAGAAAAAGCUGGAGGCCGAGAAGAAAGCAGAGGAGGAGAGGCUGGCGGAGGAGGCCACAAAGAAAGUGAAGUUCCUCCCAGACAUCAACUUCUCCUGCUUUGACGUCAUCUUCCAUCCAAUCGAGACCCACAUGGAUAACGUCCUGGGAAACACCAUAGAUCCUUUCACAGAUCGUCGCUACAUUGCCUGGAUGUCCCUGGUGGCAUUGGCAUUCAACUACAACACUUGGUUUUGCACCACCCGGUUGGCCUUUCCUUACCAUAACAAAGCUACAAACCCCUACUGGAUAUUUUGCGACAUUGUUAGUGACUUAGUGAAUGUUAUUGACAUCGUGGUUUGGCAGCCCCGACUUCAGUUUGUCAAAGCUGGAGACAUUAUUAGAGACAGAGCCAUGGCUAAGUCACAUUAUCGGAAAUCACAUCGAUUCAAGGCUGAUGUCUUCAGCAUCCUCCCCUUUGACCUUCUCUGUCUGUACUUUAAGUUCUCCUCCAUAUACCGAUUCAACCGCUUUAUCAAGGUUGAAUCCUUCUUCGAGUUCAGUGAUCGACUUGAGAGUAUCAUGGCCAAGGCCUACAUCUGGAGAGUGGCUCGCACCACAGGUUACCUGCUCUUUAUGCUCCAUCUCAACGCCUGUGCAUUUUAUGUUGCCUCGAUACAUCAAGGUCUUAAUACGACCCAGUGGGUGUAUGAUGGAGAGGGCUCAGCGUACCUGCGUUGUUAUUACUUUGCAGUCCGCAGUCUGAUCAACAUCGGGGGUCUUCCAGAGCCUGUGACCACCUUUGAGAUUACCUUUCAGAUGUUGAACUUUUUUAUUGGCGUCUUUGUGUUCUCCAGUUUGAUUGGACAGAUGAGAGAUGUCAUAGGAGCAGCAACAGCAGGUCAGACAUAUUUCCGGGCAUCAAUGGACGGCUGUGUUGCUUACAUGAACACCUACUCAAUCCCCAAGCCUGUCCAGAACAGAGUUCGGACCUGGUACAACUACACCUGGGCAGCUCAGGGCAUGCUGGAUGAGUCCGAGCUGCUGGAUGCGUUGCCUCUGGUGAUGAAAACCGCCAUUGCUGUUGACAUCAACCUGAGCACCUUCCAGAAGAUUGCACUGUUUCAGGGCUGUGACCAGCAGAUGUUGGUGGACAUGUUGCUGAGGCUCAAGUCAAUCGUUUAUCUACCUGGAGACUUUGUGGUGAAGAAGGGGGACAUCGGCAAAGAGAUGUACAUCAUCAAAAGCGGGGCGGUGCAGGUGGUGGGAGGACCGGACAACAGUAUUGUGUUUGUCACACUAAAGGCUGGAAGCGUGUUUGGAGAAAUCAGUUUACUACAGUCUGCCAAAGAUGGAGGCAACAGGCGCACAGCUAACGUGAAAGCCCACGGCUUUGCUAACCUUUUUGUCCUGGAGAAGAAGGACCUGUUUGACAUCCUCAUCCACUACCCAGAGUCUCAGAAAGUGCUGGCCAGGAAGGGAAAGAAACUGAUCAAAGCCAAAGGCCCUGCACCAGCUAAAACCAAUGAGGAAAAGCCAAAAGGUUUGCAUUUGUUUGGACAAAAACCACCAACACCCAAGUUAAUGAAGCUCUUUGGCAAUUUCCGGAAAGCAGAAGCUGCCAAGGUAAAGUCCUAACUGUGAUGCAGCAUCCUGCAUACAGAGAUCAGUGGGAUAGUUUGAUUUGCACUGACGAAUAGUCUUGUACUUCUACAGAAAAUGUUGG